AUGGGUAGGCGCGGCGACCCGCAGGGCCAGGUGCAGGGCCCGCGAGUCCAGGGUCGCCGCAGCCCGGGAGGAGUGUCUGGUCUCCGGCCUGCCUGUGCUGUCCCCGCGCCCUGUCCACUGGACUCCCGAGACCCUUGGAACCCAGGACACCAUUGGAGAAACUGGUCAUUUUACCAAGGAUUUGACUGGAAUGGCAUGCUUCCUUUAAAGAAUGAAAGUUGACUUUUAGAGCCAAUUAAAGCCCUUUGGGGAAGCUGGCCUCAUACCUUGUCCACACAGAGUUCCUGUACAAGGUUCCUGACCUGUGGGAAGCGGCACAGCACCAGCUAGGCAGAGACGCCCCAGGCCAUGUUAGAGCUUUGAGUGAGGCCUGGUAACAGGGAGGCGCUGUCACCUACUGGCCUUGCCAAUCCAGCUCCAAGAUGCUGAGCCUGAAGCUCCCCAGGCUGUUUAGCAUAGACCAGAUACCCCAGGUAUUCCAUGAGCAAGGCAUCCUGUUCGGCUACCGCCAUCCACAGAGUUCUGCCACUGCCUGCAUCCUCAGCCUUUUCCAAAUGACCAAUGAGACUCUCAACAUUUGGACUCACUUGCUGCCCUUCUGGUUCUUUGCAUGGAGGUUUGUGACUGCACUGUAUAUGACAGACAUCAAGAAUGACAGCUACUCCUGGCCCAUGCUUGUGUACAUGUGCACCAGCUGCGUGUACCCACUUGUGUCCAGCUGUGCGCACACCUUCAGCUCUAUGUCCAAGAAUGCCCGGCACAUUUGCUACUUCCUGGACUAUGGCGCCGUCAACCUCUUCAGCCUGGGCUCAGCCAUUGCCUACUCUGCAUACACGUUCCCGGAUGCGCUGAUGUGCACCACUUUCCAUGACUACUACGUGGCCCUGGCUGUACUGAACACCAUCCUCAGCACAGGCCUCUCCUGCUACUCCAGGUUUCUUGAAAUCCAGAAGCCCAGACUCUGUAAGGUGAUUCGUGUCCUCGCCUUUGCUUAUCCGUACACCUGGGACUCCCUCCCCAUUUUCUACAGGCUAUUCCUGUUCCCAGGGGACAGUGCACAAAAUGAAGCCACCUCGUACCACCAGAAGCACAUGAUCAUGACCCUCCUGGCCUCUUUCUUGUACUCUGCACAUCUGCCAGAACGCCUAGCCCCUGGACGCUUUGACUACAUCGGUCACAGUCACCAGCUGUUUCACGUGUGUGUGAUCCUGGCCACGCACAUGCAGAUGGAAGCCAUACUUCUGGACAAGACUCUGAGGAAGGAAUGGCUCCUGGCCACCUCCAAGCCCUUCUCUUUCUCUCAGAUAGCUGGAGCCAUACUUCUGUGCAUCAUCUUCAGCCUCAGCAACAUAAUUUAUUUCUCAGCUGCUCUGUAUCGGAUUCCCAAGCCAGAAUUACAUAAAAAAGAAACAUGACUCAGACCAUAAGCUUUUCAUGCCAGAUGUCAACAUUAAGCUGCAACACCCUAACCACCAUAAGCCGGAGGUGGUUACAGCUUAUCAUGGCCUAAAAUAUUCAUAAUGGUUGGUGUCUUUUGAAUGAAUUCAUGUCAAAAAUGUAUUCAGCUGGGGAAAUUUCUCUAAAUGUACACUGAUUCUGUGUGUGUGAUUUUAAAAGGAGAACAUGGUUCAAGCAAGUCCUUGUUAAGGCAAACUAUUGAUAGUUCAUUAAUUUUAAAUUUACUUAAAAUGUGGUUUUAAAUUCUAUUUAAACAUUUGGAUUAAGCAUA